AGUCUACAAGAUUCACCGUGAACCUUAGCAGCACAAAGGGCAACGGCCGCCUGCCGCUCCAAAGCAGCCCGUGGUUACGUCAGCGCCCGCGUACUGCUCCCUUCUUCCUCGUUGCUCCGCCCCCUUUUGUCGUCGCGUCCUCCUCUCGAGGCCUCGGCAGUCGGCACGAGGACGCGCGAUCCCGUCACCGCUCACCUCCUUCUCCAAACACUGACUCCGCUUCCCGUCCCCAUCCCGCUGCGCAAGAUCGGGAGGGGACGAAGAGAGGUCGACCGGGAGGAGAUGCACCGAGACCGAGGCGUCUCUGCGGCAGCGAUACCCGGUGACCGGAAGCGGAUCGGCGAGCCUAUGGACAGAUCGUCUCCAUCUACGUCGUGGGGGUUCUCCGGAGGGCGCGAGAAGGAGCGGAUCGGCGUGGGCAAGCAGCCGGAGAUGCCUCGCUCCGGCGGCGGAUCCACCGCCAUGUCCAAGAGCAAGCUCUCUGACGCAGAAUCAGAAACUGACAGCGAAGAAUCAGAUGUGAGUGGUUCUGAUGGGGAAGAUACUUCGUGGAUUUCAUGGUUCUGUAGCUUAAAGGGCAAUGAAUUUUUCUGUGAGGUUGAUGAUGACUACAUACAAGAUGAUUUCAACCUCUGUGGGCUAAGCAACCAAGUUCCAUAUUAUGACUAUGCACUUGAUCUGAUAUUAGAUGUUGAAUCUUCCCAUGGUGAUAUGUUGACAGAAGAGCAAAAUGAACUUAUUGAAUCAGCUGCUGAGAUGCUCUAUGGAUUGAUUCAUGUUCGGUAUAUUAUUACAAGUAAAGGGCUGUCCGCAAUGCUGGAUAAGUACAGGAACGUUGAGUUCGGCAGAUGCCCUCGAGUGAAUUGCAGCGGCCAACCAUGCCUUCCUGUUGGGCAAUCGGAUGUUCCUCGUUCAAGUACGGUGAAGAUUUACUGCCCUAGAUGUGAAGACAUCUACACUCCAAGAUCCAAAUAUCUAAGCAACAUCGACGGGACUUACUUUGGGACAACAUUCCCCCACUUGUUCCUGAUGACAUACCCGCAUUUGAAGCCCCAGAAGCCGCUGCAGCAAUACGUUCCCAGGGUAUUUGGGUUCAAAAUCCGUAAGCCAUGACAAAUUUGAAGGUUGAAUGUAUAAAAGGUUCAAAUAGCGCCCUGUUAUCUGCUGGCCCCGCAGUGUUCACACGACACGUCAUCGGAAUACACCUGACCCGCGGCUGACCUCCCUAGUCUGGUUUCUUGCUCUGGCCUGAAAUUCUGAUUGAUGCUUGUGGUUUGUUUAGCCUAGUGAAUCAAUCCAUAUUUUUUUACGAUCAUACGUAUUAUGGCUUUAAUGGUUUAACAACCAUCUAUAUUUUUGUUGGCACGGUUCAUAUUCGUUUUUUACUCUGAUUGUUUACUCGUUCGCUUA